ACGUGUUCCUUCCUAGAUCACUCUUCAGGAAGCGUCUAUAAACAGCUACAGAAACGAGCAAGAGUUGGCGCUUUCUCCCGUAAAGGAGUUCAGCAAAAACAGCACCAUGUUGCCAACCACCUCGACACACAACGGUGCCCCUGGCUCCCGAGAUGCUGCACGCCACACGGCGGGGGCCAAACGCUACAAGUAUCUGCGGCGGCUGCUACAUUUCAGACAGAUGGACUUUGAGUUUGCCCUGUGGCAGAUGCUGUACUUGUUCACAUCACCACAGAGGGUCUACCGCAACUUCCACUACAGGAAACAGACCAAGGACCAGUGGGCAAGGGACGAUCCUGCUUUCCUGGUCCUGCUCAGCAUCUGGCUGUGUGUGUCAACAUCAGGCUUUGGUCUGGUCCUGGACAUGGGCAUCCUGGAGACUCUGAAACUGUUGCUGUGGGUGGUGUUUAUAGACUGUAUAGGGGUUGGCCUGCUCAUAUCAACACUCAUGUGGUUCAUCAGCAACAAGUACCUGCUAAAACAACCCAGCAGAAAUUUUGAUGUUGAAUGGGGCUAUGCAUUUGAUGUUCAUCUCAAUGCUUUCUACCCGCUCCUAGUCAUCCUGCAUUUUCUGCAGCUGUUCUUCAUCAACCAUAUCGUGGUGAUAAACUCAGAAUGGUUCUUGGGAUGCUUUGCUGGAAACACUUUGUGGCUUAUUGCCAUUGGUUAUUAUCUCUACAUCACCUUCUUAGGAUACAAUGCUCUACCCUUCCUGAAGAAUACUGUGGUGCUGCUCUACCCUUUUGCUCUGCUCGGUCUCAUCUACAUCCUCUCAGUGACGCUGGGCUGGAACUUCACCCGCGGCCUCUGCUCGUUUUACAAGUUCAGAGUCCAGUAGAGCCUCUUUGUCUCAGAGACUGGACACGCUGAGCCAUUUCCAGCUGCUGUCAGUCAAUAUCUGGCUGAGAGAGACUCAGCCUCUGGGUUGAUUGACACUUGAUUUUUCUGUUCGGGCUCUGGUGUUGACCUGAAGAAUCAGCGAACUGGUGAUGUGUUUUGGACUUGCUGUCGGCAGAAGAGGACAGACUACACACAGCUUUUUAUUGUUGUUCUUUUUUUGUAUGAUUUGUAAAUAGUUCUUUUGCAGGUUGUAAUAUAUAAGACGUAUAUAAGAGAGAGGAAGAAUUUGCUUUCUUUGUUUUGAGUUGAACAAAAUGAAAUCCUGCUUAUUGUAGGAACAGGAAGUACAAGAAAGUGGGAUACAAAUGUUUUCUUUUUUUCUCUUGAAGUGUACAUUCCAAAGCACUUUCAA